UGCCCUCAAACCCCACAAAGAACCACCCCUUAACCCCAUAAACAGCCAAUUCUCCUCCAACUCAACCUGCCCUUAAAUCCCCAAACACCUUCCAAACAAACACCAACUCACCUCAAACCCCACAACCACCUCCCCUCAAAAUCCACAAACCACCUCCCCCUAACCCCUCCAAACCACCAUCUCCCUCCAAACCAAACCAAAUCCUCUACAAAACAAACAAGACCCUUCUCGUAUCUAUAUUGUACACAUCUCUCUUUCCCCCCCCCCCUCCACUCCUUUCCUUCUGCAGAGUUCCACGCCAGGGAUGGAUUUCACAGAAGCCUAUUCUGACCGGUGCUCGGCCGUGGGCCUUGCAGCCAGAGAAGGGAAUGUUGAAAUACUGAGGGAAUUGAUUAAUCGGGGAUACAGCGUUGAUGUCCCGGAUAACAGGAGGUGGUUGCCCAUCCACGAAGCGGCAGCGCACAAUUCCAGUGAGUGCCUGAAGCUGCUCAUUGAUACAGCUCCAGCUGAUGACUACAUCCACUCGAGGACAUUCGAAGGGCUGUGUGCUCUGCACCUCUCGGCUCGUCACGGCUCUGUGGAAUGUCUCCAGGUUCUCCUGGAAGCUGGGGCUGACCUCAACAAUGUCACCACUGAAUCUGCCACCACCCCGCUCUUCCUAGGUGACACAAGCUUUCCUCAAAUCCCAGAGUUUGAACUCACCAGUUAAAACACAAGUUUCUCCAAGUUUAAACUUACCAGAGUUUCUUCCUUGCCUGCCAUGUUGCAUCUUUUUGUAGGCCUCAAUACCUACCAGGCUUUAGACUCACACCCAGUGGGUGUGGAAAUAACCUUUUGUUUAUGGGUACAUCUGCUUCAGACAGUGUUUUAAAAUGAAAUUAUAAAAGCAAACUGGUUUUCUGCAUCAAGCACAGGAAAACUUUAGGAGGUUCAUGAUUACAUCUAUAUGAGGCUGUUUCAAAGCCUUUUUGAUUCUUAUAACUCCUCCCUAAUUCUUAUGUUAAAAGACUUACUUUUGACAUUUCUAGUUUGACAAUUAAGGUCCAUUAUUUUAGCAUUUUUUCUAUGAUUUAUGUUUGACCUAAUUAAAUGCUUAAAACUUCUGUUCUGGUGAAUCCUGAGGGUCUAAAUCAUCUGAUUAAAUAUGCUUAUUGA